AUGUCAAAGGACACACUUAAGUGGCUUCCUGAAUCUCCCAGGUGCUGUGCUAAGCCUAACUGGAACUUGCAGGAUUCCCACUGGAGCUCAUUAAAGAAGAAAGGAAAUAUUCACCAAUAUUUUCUGUACAAACUCAAACUAGCCAAAGAAAACUGGAAGGAAGGAAGAGUCAGUCCAGAGCAAGAAGCAGAAGAGUUACAGGAUUUAUAUGAAGAUGAAGCUGCAUCCAAGAUUUCUGGCAAUUUCUUUGAUUCAGGAGAGAUCAACAGGGACCUGAGAACCACCUUGAUAGGUUUUCAUGAAAGGCACAAAACAGCAGUAACCAGAGGGCUGCCUGCUGAGGUUAAAGAAAAGGGACAGAUUUCUCUCAUCCCUCCAACUGACCAUUUUUACAUCAGGAACAACAAGUUCUCUGAAGAAACUCAACACCACAUUCCAGGAGCUAAAGAGCUGACACAGCAACCAUUGAAGGGAACUGCUGCUGCCCAAAUGUCCAGAGAAAAUUCAACAGAAAUGACUGGAAUACCAGCAAGAAACAAAGAGCCAGAGGGAAUCAUUGUCUCAGCAUGGAACACCCUAGAUUCCAAUGAUGGCUUUGUCUCUAGUCCAUUCCGAUCCAUGAAUCAUGCCAUGACAAUACCUCGAAUCAUCCUAACUCGCCCUUCAACUUCAGAUGAGGACACUGACCUAUUUUCUCAAGAUCUAGAUGAAUUCAAGAUGGAAGAUAUCACUGUUGAUGGAGGCUCCCUCCAUUCAGAUCACCUGAAUGAUGCUUCUUUCCCUUCCUAAUAAAAUCAUUCCACUAAAGAGUUUGUUUUUCAUUAUUAAACUUCAGCUAACACUGAACCACAAUGCCUUAUUCAUAGCGUAGCAGUUUUGCAUGAGUAUUGACUUUUAAUUGAAACAAACAAAACUCAUUGCUGUUUAAUCCAACUUGCCUUUGCAAUAAGAAAGAUUAUUCCUUUGGGAUUCUGUGCUCUUGCAAAUGUAAUGAUUUGAAUAAAGUGACAUCCAUGGUUGUCUUAAUAGAUUUCAUGUAUCCACAUUUAAGUGCAUUCUACAAGCACUUUAUUGUUAUUGACAGAGAGAGAGAUCACAAGGGUAAUUUUAAUCUUUACAUUUCACUGGGGGAAAUGGUAAAAGUAAUUGUAUAGAUUUUUACCUUAGUCUCUUAUAUUCCCCUGAUAUGGCCUAUUCUUUGCUUCAUUUACAAAAUCCCUGGCUCCCAAAGGUUGUUCAUAUUAUUGUUUUCUAUUUGAAUAAAAUGUCACUUUCAGUCUA